AAGUCCUGCCACUUGCAGUCGUGACUGGCAGGGGCUGGGAACCGGCCGUCGUUGGACCGAUCCAGCGCCACAGGUUGGAAAAAUAGGAGCUGUCCCCAGGACUGUCGCCCUGGAAGGCAGAUCUCGGGUCGUUGCUGGUGUCGGACCCCAGGAGUCCAAAGGCUUGGGAAAGGGGCAGGAAACCUCUGAAACCUGACACCUUUUGCCGCCGAGGAAACUUCUCAGGCUGGCCCACCAAGACCAUCACUAUGACCGAUGGAGACUAUGAUUAUCUGAUCAAACUCCUGGCCCUUGGAGAUUCGGGGGUGGGGAAGACGACAUUUCUUUAUCGCUACACAGACAAUAAAUUCAAUCCCAAGUUCAUCACGACAGUAGGGAUAGACUUUCGGGAAAAACGUGUGGUUUAUAACACACAGGGACCAAAUGGGUCAACAGGGAAAGCAUUUAAGGUGCAUCUUCAGCUUUGGGACACAGCAGGACAAGAGCGAUUCCGGAGCCUCACCACUGCAUUUUUCAGAGAUGCCAUGGGUUUCUUAUUAAUGUUUGACCUCACCAGUCAACAGAGCUUCUUAAAUGUCAGAAACUGGAUGAGCCAACUGCAAGCAAAUGCUUACUGUGAAAAUCCAGAUAUAGUAUUAAUUGGCAACAAGGCAGACCUGCCAGACCAGAGAGAAGUCAACGAACGGCAAGCCCGGGACCUGGCUGACAAAUACGGCAUACCAUAUUUUGAAACAAGUGCAGCGACUGGCCAGAAUGUGGAAAAGGCUGUGGAAACCCUUCUGGACUUAAUAAUGAAACGAAUGGAACAGUGUGUAGAGAAGACCCAAGUCCCUGACACUGUCAAUGGUGGUAGUUCUGGGAAGCUGGAUGGGGACAAACCAGCAGAGAAGAAGUGUGCCUGCUAAACUUUACCCUAGGAACUGAUCAUCCAGAACCCCACACAAGCAUCACUUCCAAAAAGAGUGACAAACCACACAAUUGUUGUUGAGUAGACCAUGCAUAAUGGCAUGUCUUUCUUUUUCUGCCAGAAAAUCUAUUUUAAGAAGUCAGAGUAGUCAACAGUGUUCAAAAGAGUUGACCAGUUGUCCCUGAGGCCCCUCCAAACAAGAUCAAAGAUUUUUCCAUUGUCAUCAUACCAUCAUGGAUGCUCAAUUUGUUUUCCUUAUAAAGAAGAUGAGUAUAUAAGAGAGUAUACAAGAAGAAAUAUCAGGGAGUUUUCAGUCAGAACCAAAGGUACCUUGUCACAUUGGGGACAAGAAUAAUCUUCUAAAGGGAUAACAUAGAAAGAUGACUUUUUUAAAAGGUUGGAUUUACUUCUUAUAUAGAAUCUGAUUUGUACUUUUAUAGGUUUGCAUUGGGGGAAACAUAUUAGCUAAAAAUACAUAUACACAAAAAAGAAUUCUAAGUGGUUCAUUAAGAGUGGCAUUACUAUGUACAUCCUAUAAGCUGUGCUAGAAUGACUACCUUAUGAGAGGAUGAAUGUCAGACUUCUGAGAAAAUGUAGGAGACUGUGUAAUAGUGCCAUUUGUGUAUUCUUAAUAAAUGGCAGAUAGACAAGAAUAGGACUGUGAAUGACAGAGGACAAGAGAAAUGCCCAGGGAGAAAAAUGAAGGUAUGGGAACAUGGCAUUUGGGCAACUGAAAUUAAAUGUAUCUGUUACAGAUGUCUGGGAGAGAUACUUAGCCAAAUUUCACUCAAGCCAAUUAGAAGCUGACAUUAUCAGUUGGGAUUAAGAGAGUCUCCAGAGGUUUGCAUUUCCAACAAAAUUUUAGAAAUUGGUGUAGUGUUCAGCUUCACAUUUCAUAUUUCUUAGCAAUCAUGAUAAAAAGUCA